GAUCUUUCUGUCUCUUUUUGUCAUAUGUCUCAUUUCUUCUUGUAUUUGCUAAUUCUGAAAGAGAGAUUUACGCUCUUACUCACACUUGGUCAGCAUUGUCAAUGGCGCUUCACUGUCUUUCGCCCGUUUUUCCAAAACUAACUAUUUUCAGCACGAGGGAUUUUGAUAACCAUCGUCUUCUCUAUAACCCCUUUUUCUUCAUCCUGCUUUUCUUCUCUUCCAAGAAGAAUUUCUUCCCAUUCAUCUCUUUCUUCUUUUUUCUUCCUCCCGCACUGUCUCGGCAUCAAUAUUCCUUCUUGUCUUUCACAACUAGCGCGAUUUCACCGGCAGGGCAUUUGGGAUUGUGUUUCUUUCCUUUAAUGCCCUGAGUGAUAUGUACGCUUGAAUCGACUUUCAUUUCAACACCUGCAAGCCCAGAGAAGCUGUCAACUCAAACGACACCAUGUCUGGUUCUUUCAAGCAGAAACUGAGGAAUUCCUUGACGAAAAAGGGUAGGCGAAGCAGCAAGGUCAUGUCCAUUGAAAUUGAGGAUGUCCACGAUGCUGAGGAGUUGAAAAUAGUUGACGAGUUCCGUCAAGCUCUUAUUUUGGACGAACUACUCCCUGCAAAACACGAUGAUUACCAUAUGAUGCUUAGAUUCCUCAAGGCCAGAAAGUUUGAUGUUGAGAAAACAAAGGAAAUGUGGUCUGAAAUGCUCAAAUGGAGGAAGGAGUUUGGUGCUGACACUAUUCAGGAGGACUUUGAUUUCAAAGAAAUUGAUGAAGUUUUGCAAUAUUAUCCCCAAGGACACCAUGGAGUGGACAAAGAGGGAAGGCCUGUAUAUAUCGAGAGACUAGGCCAAGUCGAUGCCGGGAAAAUGAUGCAAGUCACAACCAUGGAUCGCUAUAUUAAAUACCAUGUAAAGGAGUUCGAGAGGACAUUUGAUGUGAAGUUUGCAGCUUGUUCGAUUGCUGCAAAGAAGCACAUCGAUCAAAGUACAACUAUCCUCGAUGUGCAGGGAGUGGGGCUUAAAAGCUUCAACAAACAUGCUAGGGAACUCGUUACUCGUCUUCAGAAGAUUGACGGUGAUAACUAUCCUGAGACCUUGAACCGCAUGUUCAUCAUCAAUGCAGGUUCUGGAUUCAGAAUACUGUGGAACACCGUAAAAUCAUUCCUUGACCCUAAGACCACCGCAAAAAUCAAUGUUCUUGGCAACAAGUUCGACACCAAAUUGCUAGAAAUAAUUGAUGCAAGUGAGUUGCCUGAAUUUUUGGGAGGUACUUGUAAUUGUGAAGGAGGCUGUAUGCGCUCUGAUAAGGGCCCAUGGAAGGAUCCAGAAAUAUUGAAGAUGGUUCACAGCGGUGCUCACAAAUGCUCAAGAAAGGGUGACUCACACGACGAAGAAAAAUCAAUCGCUGAGGAACCCGAGACUCCCAAGUUCGAGGCAGCCCCUCAGGUUGCUCCCGUUGCUGAAGUGGUCACUGCUACUAUAGAAGUCUCCAAGCCUGUGGAGUUAGCCCCAGCGGCUGUCGAGAAACCUUGCCAACCUAAUGACGCAGUUGAUCCAACUUCGGCAGCAGCGGCUGCAGCGGCGGCAGCGGCAGCAUCAACAGUGUCUAUCAAAGGCUCUUCUGCUCAAUCGCUUUUGACCAAUUUGCCUGCAACGUGCUUGUCUCCUGCAGAGUUUGCGACUGUGAUGAAACGCAUGGCUGAGUUGGAGGAGAAAAUGGUGACCUUGAAUAAGCAGCCUGCAGCCAUGCCACCCGAGAAGGAGAAAAUGCUUAAUGCAACUAUGACUCGGGCCGAUGACUUGGAGCAGCAACUUUUGGCCACCAAGAAGGCUCUGGAGGAUUCACUUGUUAAGCAAGAAGAGCUUUCUGCUUACAUUGAGAAAAAGAAGAAGAAGAAGAAGAGAUUCUACUUCUUUUAAAUAAGCAAAUGAAAUGAGUGGAUGGCCGAAAUGGAGGUGGAGAGAACAACGGGGAAUUAAGUUUUAGUUUUCGAAAUGCCCUCUAACACAAAAUGUUCCUACAUGAGAACUAGUAAAUUUUCUAAACGACAGAAGAAAAGCAUAUGCUGAAUAUAUGAAUUAUGCUAAUCAGAUCUUGUCUCUAUUAGGAUAGGACUUACUCUCUAUGUAUAGUAUUAUAAGUAUAAUAUAGGGCGGUUAAGGCAGCCCUAUUAUGUCCGUACAG